AUGGCGGAUCGCGAGCGCAGCAUACACGAAAUGCUAAAGGAUGCGCCCUCGCUGAACGACAGCUGCGGAGCGGUGCACACGGGCACCGAAGGAGGCAGCUUGGUCCUUGGGAGCGCCAGCAGCCACAGUAUCGUUGGAGGAGGCGGAGUUCAUGGGUCUGCAGGCGGUCCCUUUGGCGCCCCCAACAGUCUGCCACUUCGGAACCACUCAGCACCCACCACACCCAUGUCGCCCAGCAGUCCCCCGUCCGGAAACGGCAUCCUAAGCCCUACGGACAGCGGGAGCGGCAGUCUCAUACGCACUAGCGCCUCCAAGAUCGACAGCCUUAAGAACUGGAGCAUAUCUACCUAUAAGUGCACGCGACAAAUUAUGCUGGAGAAGCUGGGCAAAUCGCAGCGCACCGUGGAUUCGGAGCUGGAAGCCCAGAUUGAGCAGCUGCGCGAGACGCAGCGUAAGUAUCUGUCCAUACUAAGGUUAACGCGAGCCUUCAGCUCGCACUUUCAGCAUGUGGUCGUCACUCAGCACGCUCUGGCCGAUUCUUUCGCUGAUCUGGCUCAGAAGAACCCCGAGCUGCAGAAAGAGUUCACCUGCAAUUCGGAGACACAGCGCAAUCUCACCAAGAACGGCGAGCUUCUCCUCAAUGCGCUAAACUUUUUCAUUUCGUCGGUUAACACGCUGUGCAACAAGACGAUCGACGACACCCUGCUGACGAUACGACAGUACGAAACAGCCAGAGUCGAGUUCGAUGCAUACCGCAUGGACUUGGAGAACACCAAGCCAGAGCUGACACCAUCGGCUGCGGCGCUGGAGGAGACUCAGCGCAGUUUUGCGCAGCACAAGGAACAAUACGAGAAACUGCGCUCUGACGUGGCGGUUAAAAUGCAAUUUCUUGAUGAGAAUCGCAUUAAGGUGAUGCACAAGCAACUAAUUUUACUGCACAAUGCAAUCGCCGCUUACUUCUCGGGCAAUGCCAUGGCACUGGAGAGCACUCUGAAGCAGUUCAACAUAAAGCUUAAGUCACCCAAUGCCGUUACUGGAUCCUGGCUGGAACAGUAGAAUCAGUAGUUCCCUCCCACACUCGAAACACAUUGCAGACGGCAUUUAAGCGCAUCUAAUGGAAGGAGUUGUCCUCCACUCACUUGCUGAAUGAGCACGCUCUCUAAAAGAAAUCAGAAGCGAAUAUCCAAUGCACUGGAUGCUGCAUGACGAAUCGUAACAAUAUUUACGUGCUAAGUUUAAGUCGAAUUCCUAAAUCGUAAGCAGAAAGUGGUAACUGUAUGUUAUAUGCAUAUAUAUAUCUAUAUAUAUAUAUAUUUUUCCAACCGCUUCUCUGCAUGUAACUCUAUGUAUUACCCACAUUUCCACACUUGGUACGCCACAGUUCCUUUCAUUUGUGUUUCCAAAAUUUGCACUUUCCGUUGGGUAUUAUAUUGCGCUCUGCUUGUGAAACACUUAGACCAAAAAGUGCUCAGUGCAGUAUAUUUAUGUAUUAACUAAACCCCACACUUUAGUUUUAGAUAUUGUUCAAUGUGUGUAUAAAUCAUUUGUAAUUAACCAAAAUAAUAAUCCAUAACAAAUCGAAAUGUUUCCUCGAGCUUAAUUAAUUUGAAUUCAUUGUUUUACUAGUCAACGUAUUAUUUACACUAAAAUAAAGUCGAUAUAUAAAAAUAUAUAAAUAAAAACUAUUUAAUUAUACCAAA